CAUACACACCCCUCUCGGAGAGUAGCGAACGUCACUGAAUCAUGGCUCUGUGCACCUCCUCUCUCAUCAUCACCUCCACUUCCCGAGCAAUUCCCGCCAAAAACCAAGGCUCGAGUAGUGCCUCUAUCCUGCGCGCCUCCUGCGUUAUCCUAGGCCAUCCUUACUCAACGGUUUCUCUCCCUUCAAAACCCGUCUCAACAAGGGGGGCAUCCCCAAAGUCAAACCCUCUACAGGCGACACAGCCUCCCAAAUACGUUUAUCCCGACCCUAUCCCCGAAUUCGCAGUCGCUGAAACCAAGAAAUUCAGGGAAGAGAUACUGAGGAAGCUAUCCAAGGACGAGGAGGCAUUUGGGGAUGACCUCGAAAUGAUUGUGAAUGUUUGUGCGGAGGUAUUCAGAGAAUUCCUGCAUAAAGAGUACGGUGGACCUGGGACAUUAUUGGUGGAGCCUUUCACAGAGAUGUUUGUUGCACUGAAUGAGAAGAAACUUCCUAGACCCUCUGUGGCUGCUCGAGCAUGUCUAUUAUGGGCUCAAAAAUAUGUUGAUGAAGAUUGGGAAGUUUGGAAUUCGAAAUCGCUCAAGUGAUCAUUCCCUCAAAGUAUCCUUAAUCUCUUCACACUCAAGCAUCAUUUGUACACACAUACAAAUAUUGUUCCCAUCAUGUUCAGGAAAUAUUCCUCUAAAUGUUUCGAAAAUAUUAGAGAAAUAUCGAUUGAAUCUGGAAUUGUUCGAAAAAAUAGUGUUGGAAUUUUCUGAUAGGUGUUCAAACAAGCUAAUGUGUCAUAGCGUUUCAGUGUGCUCCAUUGCAUUCCGAUGGAAAUAUUGGAACUUCUGAUUCCACCAUCAUUUUGUUUCGGCCGUGGUGAUGAAACGAAUUGUUUGUAACUGAUGCAUGAUUUCUUGUGCGUAUACUUUAAAAAGUAUGUUUUGUGCGACAAA